UUGCAGCAGCGGCGGCGGCGGCAGGGUGGGGAGGAAGAGGAGGAAGAGGAGGGCGAGCGGGGGAGCAGCCGAGCCACCCUCCCGCCGCAAGGAAGGCCGUCCCGAGCCGGCGAGGGGCCAGCGGCCGAGGCGCUGCGGUCCGGCUGACUUCUGCAAAGGCGCCCGCAGCCCGCCUGAGGGAGCCGCGGCUUUGAGAACUUCCCGGAGCGCGGGCGAGGAGAGGAGCCGCCGGCCGGGCUGCCCUGCAGGGACUCCCUCGGAGCUCCGGAGCCGCUCCUCUUCCCCCCCUGCAGUUGGCAAGAAGAGGAUGCGCGGGCUGCACGGCAAACUUUCCUCGCCGCCCCUCGCUCUGCUUUGGCCGCCGGCAGCCGGGAUGCUGCUGCACGCCAGAUGAGCAUGGGGGGACAGCCCCGGAGCCGCGCCGGAGCCGGCCGAGGAGCGCCGCCGCCGCUCUGAGCGCCCCCUGGCCGGCGUGCCUUCUCCGCUCGCCCGCCUGCCUUCUCCUCCGCGAGUCCGGCAACUCCUGGUUCCUGCCCCGGGGACUGCGAUCCAGCGUGCCUCUCUCCCCGCCGCCGAUGCCUCUGCCGGGUCUGCAGCGGGGAUGACAGCGCUGCCUCCUCCUCCGGCAGUUUCCUAACCCGGCGCCUCUCCGGAGCUUCGGUUUUGGCCGGCCUGCCUUGCCCCCCCCCCCCCCCUCUCUCUCCCUGCCUGCUUCCCCUUCCGUGUGUGACUUGCGACUCAACAAGACUCUUCCCUGCUUCGGCUCCAGCCAAUACCCGUUGGCAACCCAGCCUUACUUUCCCCCAGAUUCUUGACCCCCCCCCCCCGGAAAUCCCCAUUUCUAAUCUCUUCUUUUGUCCCUCUGUUUUCCUUGCCUUGUCCAAGAGGACGUUUUUUCCCCCCGGAGUGUCCACUUUCCCCAUUAAGGUCUGUGCCAUUUUGGGGAGGGGGGAGGGAGGGGAUGAAGUGGGGGGGGGGAAUUUGCGCAUGCCAGGUGCAAGUAAUUGGAGGCCACUCCCCAAGACUGGGACUGUUCUUAAUUUUGCUCUGUUUGUCCGAUUUAUUUAUUUGUUUAAAUUGAUGGUUAUAGAUUUGCCUGGCUUGUAACUUAGAACUCCCCUUGACCUGCCUGAGAGAAAGACAAGUAUUUUGGGUUCUCUCUUGAAUUUUUAUUUGGAGGGGGGGGGGUUUCACCCUCUCUCUCUCUCUCUCUCUCUCUCUCAGUUGCAAUUGAAAGAUGCAUGCGGGAGAAGUAAGAGGCAAUUAGCUCCCCCCUCUCCUGUGUCUCCCCAUUGCUUCUCCCUUCCUCCCUGUCCCUGAAACCACCCCGAACUAGUAAACCCAUAUCCCUCCCACCCUUUGUCCAGUCACAAAAUCAACAGGCAAGGAGAGAAGGGGAGGAGGCAGCAGUGGGUGCACUGAGCCGCGAGCUAUGGAUAUUCUGUGCCCCCUGCUCCGUUUUCUGUUCGCUCUCUUGUGGACUGGGGCAGGUGCCCUGAUUAACCUCAAGUACUCGGUGGAGGAGGAGCAGAGAGCGGGCACGGUGGUCGCCAACAUAGCCAAAGAUGCGCGAGACGCGGGCUUUGUGCUGGAUCCUCGGCAGCCCACUGCUUUCCGGGUGGUCUCCAAUUCGGCCCCUCACUUGGUGGACAUCAACCCAGGCUCUGGGCUACUGGUGACCAAGCAGAAGAUUGACCGGGACUUACUUUGCAGGCAGAGCCCCAAGUGCGUGAUCUCGUUGGAGGUCAUGUCCAGUUCCAUGGAGAUCUGUGUGAUCAAGCUGGAAAUCAAAGACCUCAAUGACAACGCACCCAGCUUCCCCACGGAUCAGAUUGCGCUGGAGAUCUCGGAGACGGCCAGCCCGGGCACCAGGGUGCCGCUGGAGAGCGCCUAUGAUCCGGACUCGGGCAGUUUUGGGGUGCAAAGCUAUGAGAUCACCCCCAAUGACCUCUUUGGGCUGGAGACCAAGACGCGUGGAGACGGUUCACGCUUUGCAGAGCUGGUGGUGGAGAAAAGUCUGGAUCGGGAGACGCAGUCUCAUUACAGUUACAUGAUCACAGCUCUGGACGGCGGGGACCCGCCCAACUUUGGCACUGUGGAGUUGAACAUCCGGGUCAUUGACUCCAAUGACAACAACCCUCUCUUUGAAGACCCGUCCUACACUGUUAGCGUGCCUGAGAAUGCACCCCCUGGCACUCCGGUCAUCCGUCUCAAUGCCACCGACCCUGAUGAAGGCACUAAUGGGCAAGUACUGUAUUCUAUCCACAGUUAUGUGUCUGAGAAGGCUCGGGACCUCUUCCAGAUCAACCCUCAGACAGGCCUGAUCACGGUUACUGGUGCAAUUGACUAUGAGGAAGGACAUGUGUACGAACUGGAUGUGCAGGCCAAAGAUUUGGGUCCUAAUUCCAUACCUGCUCACUGCAAGGUAACAGUUACUGUGCAGGAUGCCAACGACAACCCCCCUGUCAUUAAUUUGCUCUCUGUCAACAGUGAGUUGGUGGAGGUCAGCGAAAAUGCACCCCCGGGCUAUGUGAUUGCCCUGGUAAGGGUCUCAGACCGGGACUCUGGUGCCAACAGCAGGGUGCAGUGCAAACUCUUGGGGAACGUCCCCUUCCGCCUUCAAGAGUACGAGAGCUUUUCCACCAUUUUGGUGGAUGGACGUUUGGACAGGGAGCAAAGGGACCAGUACAACCUCACCAUUCAGGCCAAGGACAAUGGUGUCCCCUCCUUGCAGGCCACCAAGUCCUUCACCGUCAAGAUCACAGAUGAGAAUGACAACCACCCUCACUUCUCCAAACCGUAUUACCAGGUCAUAGUGCAGGAGAACAACACCCCCGGGGCCUACCUCCUUUCUGUUUCGGCCAGGGACCCCGAUCUAGGCCUUAAUGGCAGUGUCUCUUAUCAGAUUGUGCCCUCCCAAGUAAGGGACAUGCCUGUCUUCACGUAUGUCUCCAUCAACCUCAACUCAGGAGACAUCUAUGCCUUGAGGUCCUUCAACCAUGAACAGACCAAGUCUUUUGAGUUCAAGGUCUUAGCCAAAGAUGGAGGCAACCCGUCCUUGCAAAGCAACGCCACCAUCAGAGUUAUUGUCCUGGACGUCAAUGAUAACACCCCUGUGAUCACUGCCCCUCCUCUCGUCAACGGGACUGCAGAAGUGUAUAUCCCCAGGAAUUCUGGGGUUGGUUACUUGGUGACAGUGGUCAAAGCAGAUGACUAUGAUGAAGGGGAGAACGGAAGGCUGUCCUAUGAGAUGGCGGAAGGUGACCGGGGUUUUUUCGAAAUAGACCAGGUCAACGGCGAGAUAAGAACCACCAGAGCAUUUGGGGAGAAUUCAAAGACUACCUAUGAGCUGAUUGUGGUGGCCCACGACCAUGGGAAAACUUCUCUUUCAGCUUCUGCCUUGAUUUUGAUAUACCUUUCCCCAGGUCUGGAUGCCCAGGAAUCCAUAGGAUCUGUUAACUUAUCCCUGAUUUUUAUUAUUGCCCUGGGUUCUAUUGCUGCCAUUCUGUUUGUCACCAUGAUCUUUGUAGCAGUAAAGUGUAAACGGGAUAACAAAGAGAUCAGGACCUACAACUGCAGAAUUGCAGAGUAUUCCUACGGGCACCAAAAGAAAUCCAACAAGAAGAAAAAAAUCUGCAAGAAUGACAUCCGCCUGGUGCCCCGUGAUGUCGAGGAGACUGAUAAAAUGAACGUUGUGAGUUGCUCCUCCCUCACGUCGUCUCUCAACUACUUUGACUACCACCAGCAGACCUUGCCCCUGGGCUGCCGCAGAUCCGAGAGCACCUUCCUUAACGUAGAGAACCAGAACAACAGGAACACGGGAUCCAACCAUGUCUAUCACCACACCUUCACGGGACAGAGCCCCCAGCAACCAGAUCUCAUCAUCAACGGGAUGCCGCUUCCAGAGACUGAAAACUACUCCUUUGAUUCCAACUAUGUGAACAGCAGAGCCCAUUUAAUAAAAAGCAGUUCAACAUUCAAGGACUUGGAGGGGAACAGCCUGAAGGACAGCGGGCAUGAAGAGAGCGACCAGACAGACAGUGAACAUGAUGUCCAGCGUGGCCUGUACAGUGACACAGCUGCAAACGAUGUUUUGAACACUAGCGUCACUUCCAUGGGGUCCCAAAUGCCUGAGCAAGAUCAAAGUGAAGGAUUUCAUUGCAGGGAAGAAUGCCGGAUCCUUGGCCAUUCUGACCGAUGCUGGAUGCCCCGGAACCCCGUCCCCAGCCGAGCAAAAUCCCCUGAGCACGGAAGGAAUGUCAUGUCCCUCUCUAUAGAAGCCAGCACUGUGGAUACAGAGCUUUACGAAGACUGUAGCACAAAGAGAACUUUUGCGACGUUUGGCAAAGACGGAAGUGAGCCCGUCCCUGAGGAACGGGGCCCAGUCAACUUGAAAGGCAAAAGAACAGUGGAUCCUCCCAUCUGCAGUCCAAAGGUCAACGGUGCAGUCCGAGAGGCAGGGAACGGUUGUGAAGCCAUUAGCCCUGUCACGUCACCCGUCCAUCUGAAGAGCCCCUUGUCUAGCAAACCAUCAGUGUCCUACAACAUAAUGCACUGCCCGGCAAAUCAUGACCUGGAGCCGUUUGUAAACAAUGGCCCUUCUCGGCCCAUGGAGGCAGAGCCAAGGGGUGCAGACAGUGAAAAUAUAAUGCAUGAAAUUAAUCCUCUUCUGCAAGAAUGUAGAGAGAAAGACUCGCCUGGAGUGAAGAGGCUAAAAGACAUAGUACUUUAAGCGAUGCCGUAGAGGAAGGGAAGUGACACAACGGGACGUGUGUAUUGUUUUUAACAGCUUACUGAUGGUUCACAAAUUUGCUGUAUUUAAAAGCUUUCCCUAAAUGUAUUGUUUAUCAAUGAAGCUAUUGUUAAUGUGACAAUCCCACUUGGUUCAACAGGCGGCAGGGGUGUUUGUCAAAGCAAACCAGGGCAGUUUCCCAUUUUCCGUGGCACGAGGGUGGCAGCAGCGUGGCAGCAGUCCCGUGGAUGGAAAGUAUUAGCUAUGAAGUAUUUUGAAUUUAUAUUUUUGUAUCUUAGAAAAAGAAAAACCUCUAAUGUGAAAUUCCAUUCUUGAUGAAGAAUUGGAUCUUUUAAAAAAACACACACUACUUGUAUCUGGUAAUCUAGAAUAUUUACCUUGACAUGCCUCUAAUUUCGACAGUGGAACAGCCAUUUCUCGUGGCCUGACUAUGCACUUGGAAUUCGUUUGCCUUGAUCCGGCAGUUUUUGUGCACACGUGGAAGCUCUUAUGUGCCAAGUGCGGCUCCGGUGCUCUCAGUGCUCAAAAUCCCAAAGGAGCUACAGAUUGUACCCAAUGGAGCUAAAGGCUGUAGCCAGGGAGGUUUUUUUCCUUGCCCGGCACCCCAAGCCCACUGUUUCGUUUAGGGUCUUCCCCUUUUGCUAUGACCACCCCUGCCUUUGAAACCCUUUCGCCGCCACUUGCUUAUCUGUACUAUUAUCGUAUUUGAUAUUGCAAAUUCCUGUAUGUCUAGUGAUGGAAAAGGCUUUCGAGUGUAUUCAUUCCUUUCUUUGCUUUUUCUACGAACAGACAGAAUCCAAAAACCUAGGGAAACUGCAAAACAUAGAUCCAGGUUUGCCACCGUUCCUUGUCACCUGGCCAAACGAUUCUUCCGCAUUAUCCUCUCCCCCAGAAUACCAUCCCCUUUUUCUUCCCGAUAUCUUCCUAGUAUCUCAUUUGCAGUUGUUAGAUGUUAUUUUUUUUUCUUCCUUUCUUUUUGGUGUUUUCAAGGAAUGAUGGUGUCAUAGUUUCUCCAGAACUACUGGUUGGUUUUCAAACGGAUCUUCCCUGCUUCUAGGAGAGACCAGAAGAAAAGAAUGAUUUUGAGGUCCGGUUUAUAAACGAUAUCAUCUGUGGGUCUUGGUGUAAGCAUUCCAUUUGGGCCCUGGUCUGUUUAAACAUAUUGACUGUGCCCAUCGGCCUGUUCGCGUGUAGCAGUAUCUAUCAGUCACAUUUUUAUCCUGCCUUCUUUCAAGGCAUUUUAGGCAUGAUUUCACACCUUCAUAACUGCCCUGUGAGAUAGGUUAGGGUUAGGCUGAGAGAGAGAAUGGCUGCUCUAGUGUCAUCCAACGAGCUUCAUUACAUGCACAUGUAGUAUGACAUAGUACAAAUGGAAUGCUUUAGCCAUGGCCCUCAUCAGAUAUCAAUCAGAUUUCCAUGUUGCAAAUUAGUGUUCCCCUCUGAUAUGUCGUUUCAGAACUGUCUGAUUCCUAAUUACAAUCAGGUAAGCACCGUUUGGCUACUGUUUUCAGGACUGUACUCUUUUGGGAGUGGUUGUAUACGCAUAGACCCGUUCCACGCAAACCUUUUAAGACAUUUUGAGGCAGGAAAUAAAAUGUUUCCUCCAUGGAGUUCCACAUUGCUUUUACCCCAAAAACGUUUUGUUUGCAGCCUCAAAAUGAAUGUCCCUUUAAAGCGAUUCUUUUGUUGAAAUUAUUUCAGAAUGUCUCCAAUUUCCUGUGCGAUCUGUUCAAGAUGUUUCUCAUGCCUCUGUGCUGUCCCUAAACUUCCUCCUCUGUGCCAUUUUCUGAGGUCACUCUGUUCCCCUUCGCCUGUUCGCCUGUUCAUUUGUUCCAUUUCUGUUUUUUAAAAUGUUGGGAGGGCUAAUCUUCAGUGCAUUGAGUUUGUGAGGUGCAAGGAAUCACUGCACGAGGCCAUGAAGCAUUAAAGUACUGAUUCAAAAUCUAGCUUAAAAGGGGUGGGGGAUCACGUAAUGGCAGCUGUGGAUCGUUUUGAGGGGGUGAAUGUGGACAUACAUUGUGGUAAAGGGUGGGAUUGAAAACAUUUUAGAAAUGUUUUAGGUGAUUUGUCCGGAAAGGGCCUAUAGUGAACAAAUUAUCUGUGUUGUUCACUGUGAACAUAAGUUGCCUCUACAUGUAGGAGGUGGUGUGAAAAAUAGCAGUUCCUGUUCAUCACUAACUUUUCCAGUUUCCCCGAAAUGUAUGCUGGAUGAAGACUUCUUUCCCUUGAAUUAAAACUGGAAACUUUCUUCACUCUUACACCUCCUGGAGUGUUAUUUUAGUUUGUGUAAGAGAAAUGACACACCCCAUUUCAAUCAGUAAUAAGAAUCACUCGUCUGGAUAUGCCUGUCGAGUAGAAGGAGGCAAACCCAGAACGGGUGCUCUUGCAGAGACACAGUGGGCAGCCACUUAAGAGAGAAGGAAAUUCUGUUUCAUCUUUACAUUAGCAGUAACUGAAUGGCCCAAUUACAUCCUCUGUAGAGACCCAGGAGAAUAGUGGGCACUGAUUGAAAGGAAGUUGGAGGGAAGCCAGAGCAAUGAAUAAUACAGAGGUGCAGAAGUCAGCCUCAUCUGCCAGUGGUUGCUUUGAGCUUAAGGGAGGCACAAACUUCAUUUAUAGUCCACUAGCAGGUCUCUCAGGUGCCCUGAAAUUUUCCUUCCCCCCCCCCCCCCGAAAACCUAUUUGCUUUGGGGGAGGGGAAGAGAAGGUGACGGCAGGAAAAUUGGGGUCCAGAAAUGUGCAUUUGUACUUUCUCAGUGAGCAGGAUAGAAUGGAGAGUACCAGCAUUACUUCUGUUUUCUUCAUGUAUCAUGAAAAAAAAAAUCAAGUAAGCAACAGAAAAUAUAUGUUGAAGAACAGGCAGUUUAAGUCUAGCAGUGCCGCAGAUGAAGUUUGUAUGCCUCCUGUUUGGAGAAAAGAAACCAGCAAAUUGCUUCCCGCCCCCUUCCUUAUCUAGUGGUUAUUUUGUGUGGGUACAGUUUUGUGAAAUUAUGAAGCUCCCCCACUUCCCAAAGAUAAGACUGUUUAGACUUCUGUGCAAGAGAUAUUUUAUAGCAGUGUGGGACACCUCAUACCAAAUGGAAUAGAAUCUUGUUUUGUUCCCUACUGGAUAAUUUCUCAGGGAGGGCUUGAAACACUGGUUCCGUUACUGUCAUUAACUUUACAUUUGAUAGAAUUUUGUUCCCCAUAACAUACUCUUUCGAGUCCAGAGAUCACUGGAAAAGGAAAUAUAUUGCUAUUUCAACACUUGCUCUGCCAAUCAGCAGAAAAUAAUGGUUUCCAGAGAAACAAUCUUCCUGACUCUAACCUAUCUUGAUAAACUUUUUUAAAGUCACUUUUGAUUUAUUUAAAUUAAAAAAUGGCUACAGGAAAAACAGCCUCCAAUCUUUAUCGCCCUGGAAAUCAAAUAAGCUGGAGUAAUUUCUUUUCUUUUGAAAAAGGUGGAGAAAAUGGAUAGGACUCGACGGUCUGCUUUGGCUGUUUGGAGCUCUAAUUUUAUAUAUCUCCGGGGUGUUUUAUUUGUCCUGUCAUUUGAAAUUUUGUUUUUUUACAAAAGAAGUGACAUUUGUAAUAAAAUCACACCCCCUUUAAUUGCUGCAAGAUUAUAAACUCUUGGAAACAUGGUCCCUUGAGUGAUUUGAUUCAGUGAUUCUGCUGGCUGGCAUAUGGAGACCCUUGGGGCCAAAGCAUCAAUCCUCUAAGCUUCAUACAAACUCUAAUAUACCUCAUCUUCCACAUAAUUCCAUCUCACUCAUAGGCCCGUUUUGCACAGGCAACACAAAUGGUUUAAAUGAACCCAUGUCACUUCUGUCGCCAUUGGCAUGGCGGGUGCAGGGGCCAUCCGGGAUCCCUGGGAUCCCGGCGUUAGGAUGCAGCAUGGUUCGCACAGGAAACGCAGUGUUUCCCUGCAAACUAUGCAUCCGAGAAUCUUCCCUACCGACCCAAGAAUUCUCCCACACACUUACCAGCACAAAAUGGCGGCUGCCUAGAGAAUUCACCCUAAUGGUGGCUGCCUGGAAAAUCCACCAUAAUGGUGGACGGAAGAGUGGCGGAAUAGAAUGCUUCUUGCUUUGCCAUAGUUUGCACAGGCAAGCAAGAAGCGUCUGAAACCCGGGUCAAAGGGAAAAAGUCACUAAUUUAGCAACUUUCAUUUUAACCCGGGUUCAGCCAAAUAUAACAGGUUAGAUGCAUUGGGAGCGGGUGAGUUCUGUGGGAACUUCUCCCCCAUGAUGCUUUUUCACACCUCAAACAAGUUAUAUUUGCCCUGAACGGAAUCACCCAUAUCAUUCCACAAAUUGUGAAAGAACUAAUCUUGUUUUUAUUUCUAAAAUGACAUAAAUGGUCCCUAUUGUGCUAAUAGGUUUGUAGUGCAGACUGGGCACCCCAUGUGUCUUCAAGCCCCUGUUAAGCAUACUCAUCUUAUUCCCCUUUCCCUCAGCUUGGACCCUGCAUAGUUUCUGCAUAUGCACCUGGUCUGAGGGCUGGCAUAGUCCACUUGACAUGCUGGAGAAAGGAUGGAGGCAAUAAAUACCUAGCAGAGGGACAGCUUGAUGUCAAACUUCAACAACAUGUCACGUUUGAGUGUGACCUUGCUGUUGUAUAGAAAGUGGUGGCAUUUGCUGUUUCAGAUCAGCUGAUUCCCAAGAUCCUCUAUUCUGUGCCUUGUGAUGGUAACUUGAAUUACCUGCUAUUCCCAUUUUGAAUCCUCAGAACAUGGCCCUCAUGUGAACCCCAUGGUACAUGAUAAGCUACUGAUCUAGAUUCUUCUCUCUAUUACUCAUCUUGCCCUUGUUCAACCAAUGCUGGGGAAUGGCUGCAGCUCAAAAGCUGUAGUUAUAUCUCUGCACACUCUAUUGGCCCACUAGUGUGAGAAGACCACAUAUAGACUGACAACUGCCUGUCUAAUACCUUUCAUUGCCCUUGCAUCUUUUCCAACUGUUUCCUGUUGACCGUAGAUGUGGUUUGCACAUUUUUCUAAUGCUGUGUACAUUCUGUGUAAAACAAGGAAGUCAUGACAAGUAAACACUCCAGGCUGAGUAUAUGGGUGCCAACGAGUGCUGCCAUACUUGCUUGCACACCAUGACCAUUUUUUCUACUCACAAUGUUACUAAUAAGUGUGGAAGCUGAGGUGGUUCAUAUGUGAUAAUCCUGCCAUGCUUCCAUUUCUUGUGAACUUCUUCCAAUUUUGUGUAUUGGCAUACCAAGUGAGGAAUAUAACAUUUGUAAGUGACCGUUCCUCAUUUCUUUUAAGAAUUUUCAUGUCAGUACCAGGAACUUGUGGUGCUGACCCCAGAGACUUGCCUUAACAUUGGGUGGGGGAUGGUGGCGAAAUAAAUAACAGAAGUCAGAACCCCUGUGUGGAGGACAACCACAUGAAAUCAGGUUUUUUGAUAGCCUUUACAUGGGGCUGUCUUGUAUGGAGCAAGUAUGGAAAUCUUACCAGUUGAGUAUCAAAACCUGUUCAUUUAGCAGGUAGACAACAUGGAUUGAUGCUCUGUGAGUAUGGUGGAUCCUUCAGCCAGUCCUAUUGGAACUUGUAGCAUAAGUUGUAAGUUUAUGGUUGGAUCCGAACUAACUUUUAUGCUCACUCCAGUGGAACAGAACAUUCCAGUCUCUGCUCAUUUCACUGCCUCCCACUGAUCUGCCCUGGACCAGCUGAGGGGAGACCUAACCAUCCACUAUGUAGCAGUGUGUGCCAGCUCAAGAUAGUUGCUAUGAUUUCUGAUGGUGCUUGUCAUUUUGUGGAGAGAAGGGAUUGGUUUUGGCCUUCCCCCAAGCAAAAGGACAGGCAUUUCAACAGCACGAAUGUUCAUGGUUCAAUCCAGCACGUCCAUGUGCAUAAAUUCUCAUGGCCCAAGUGAACCAUUUUCUUACACAUCGCGAAGACUCAAAUGCGCAAGCAGCUUUCCCCCCUCUUUCCCUCAACAUCAUCCCCCCACCCAGUUCAUUCAAAUUGUAGAGAUACAUUUGUGGCCAGAUUUUUCUGAAAUGAGUGGAACAGCUCCAUAGGUUCUCGGAAGGGCAUGCUGUGAAUGGAGGUGUCAGCAGGUAGGUAUGAACCAUCUAGUGCUGCCCCUAUUGGAGACAGGAUUAUGAGUAUGUUUUAAAACUCCAUUUCUUUGUAGUUUUAGUUAAGAGGAAAGUCAUUUGAAGGCGCUGGCUUGGCUCCCCUACCCAUCCUACAUAGUAUUUCUUUCUGUCAAACCUGUUGAAUCAGCUUUCCGUUUUCCGCCAGUUAUAAUAAGGAUUUGAUUUCCAGUCAUGCUUUUUAUACACAGCUGUAAUUUAAUCAAUGCCUAUUCUUUGGAUAUCUUGCUCCAAAGGUAUAUACCAUAACGUGAAUGAAUUUAUGGCUUCCUUUCUUCAGGAGAAAAAACCCCCAUCUUCUUACUCUGUUUACUAGACUAGCGUGGGCCAGUUGUUCUGUGAAUUAGAUCACAUAUUUUCUUCCUCUUCUGAAAAACCAGGGUUUGGGUUGGGAAGGCUGGGCAAAACACGACCUGUGGCUAAAAUAAACAUGAGCAUUUAAUGUAUCGUUAAGGGGAGGCUGUUUCUCUGGCUAAAUGGUGAAGCUGGAGAUGGCCCGUGAACCCCGCACUUUGGGUAGAAGUAAACUACUUUUAGUUUGCUUCCCCCCCACCCCCAAUAGGAAUCAAGUUGUAAAGAACACAUUAUUCAGUUAGUAUGUUGAAAUUUACUCUUGGAGAGGAGGGGGAAAUGAGAACCCCGUUACAGAUGAAAAUACAUUUGUCAAGCAAUGGGGACAGUUGAUUAUCAUGUUGGUACAGCUGCAUUUGCAGCUUUUGAUAAUGAUUGACCCAGUGUAUGAUAACUUUAGUGGAGGAACUCGGCAAACUUUACCGUGGCGUUGGUGAAAAUGGAUUUGCUACUGGCAUCAGCUGACGUUCAGCUGAUUCAAGCUGGGAUCGUGUAAUCUUUAUGACAAAGAGCUGACCUGGCGCAAGCUUGUGUUUUUCGGCAACGGAUGCCACCUGGCUUAAAUCAAAUGCUAAGGUGUAAAGUUGCAGAGGUGUUUGGAGUCCUGCAUCUCCAGCAAGGAGGACAGAAGAGAUGCGUCAUGCUGACAUGGACACUGUUUUGCCUGCAAAAUUGAGGAAUGGAUUCAUCGGCACUUGACUACAAUUCCUCACGGCGUCUCUGUUGCGGAUAGUCCGAAGAACAAAAUUCGUGUAUAUGCUGAUAUGUAUGUUAUGUACAUUUUCACAGUGAUUGAAUCAUUGUAAACAGGGAAAAAUGGGGGAAAAAAGAAUCACCAUGCUGUCUAUUUUAUGAAGAUGAUAAAGCAGCUUUAUUAAAUUAUUACAACUCUUGUUUCAAAAGAACGGUGUACCCGCCACGUUGUUUUUUCUUUUUCUUUUCAAAAAAGAGGAAACUGAUGCAAACUUUGUUUUCCCCACUUUGAUGUGAUUUUAUUUCUCUGCUUCAAAAAAAUCUAAUGCAUUUUAGUAUUAAAGGCAAUUAUUGAAUAAAAAUGGAAAAAUUAAGUGUUUGGUUAAA